GCUCAGCGGCACCGGGACGAGCGGCUGCCCCGGGGGCUCGCAGGAUGCCGGCGGCCGGUCGGCGGCGCGGAGCGCGGGUGCUGUGGGCGAUGCUGUGGGUGGCCCUGGCGCACGGCUACAACGUGGACGUGGGGCGUCCCGUGGUUUUCCAGGGCCCCAACGGCUCCUUCUUCGGUUACUCGGUGCUGCAGCACUACCACGACAGCACGCGGUGGGUCUUGGUUGGUGCUCCCAAGGCAGAAUCUAAAUACAGCACAUCUGUUCAGUCCCCAGGAGCUGUGUUUAAAUGUCGAGUCCAUACCAACCCUGACAGAAGAUGCACAGAACUGGAUAUGGGGCGAGGCAAUUCUCGGGGUACGCUCUGCGGAAAGACCUGCAGAGAAGACAGAGAUGAUGAAUGGAUGGGCGUGAGCCUGGCUAGACAGCCGAAGGCUGGUGGAAGUGUGCUGGCAUGUGCACACCGCUGGAAAAACAUCUACUAUGAGACAGAAUACAUCCUGCCCCAUGGCUUCUGCAAUAUCAUUCCCCCCAACCUGCAGCCCAACGGGAGGAAACUCUUGCCCUGCUACGAAGAGUACAAGAAGAAGUAUGGGGAAGAGCAUGGCUCGUGCCAGGCAGGGAUUGCAGGCUUCUUCACUGAGGAGCUGGUCAUCAUGGGGGCACCAGGAUCUUAUUAUUGGACAGGGACUGUCAAAGUACUGAAUCUUACUGACAACACAUACUACAAGCUGAACGACGACGCUGUGAUAGCCCGGCGGUACACGUACCUUGGAUAUGCAGUGACAGCAGGUCAUUUCUCUCAGCCGACUACCACGGACAUUGUAGGAGGAGCUCCCCAGGAUGGAGGCAUCGGAAAGGUUUAUAUUUUCAGAACAGACAGACAAUCAGGCUCUUUAAUAAAGAUUUUUCAGGCUUCAGGAAAAAAGAUGGGCUCUUACUUUGGCUCCUCCUUAUGUGCAGUUGAUCUGAACUCUGACGGGUUGUCAGACCUGCUGGUCGGAGCACCUAUGUUUUCUGAGAUCAGAGAUGAGGGUCAAGUCACAGUCUACAUCAACAGAGGAAACGGAGUGCUGGAAGAGCAGCUCGUCCUGGAUGGUGACAGUGCCUACAAUGCACAUUUUGGAGAGAGCAUGGCUGCGCUCGGCGACAUUGAUGAUGAUGGCUUCCCAGAUGUUGCCAUUGGAGCACCUAAGGAGGAUAACUACAUAGGAGCAGUGUACAUUUACCAUGGGGAUGCCAAUGGCAUCGUACCUCAGUACUCUAUGAAACUGUCUGGGAAAACCAUAAACCCAAUGCUGCGGAUGUUCGGCCAGUCCAUAUCAGGGGGAGUUGAUAUGGAUGGCAAUGGUUAUCCAGAUAUGACUGUUGGAGCCUUCUUGUCAGACAACGUGGUUCUUCUAAGAUCCAGACCAGUCAUUACCAUGGACAUCUCCAUUUUCCUGCCUGCGUCCAUAAAUAUCACAGCUCCUCAGUGCCAUGACAGCUUGCAGCUGGUGAACUGCCUCAAUGUCACAGCCUGCUUUCGCUUCAGUGGCAAGCGUGUGCCUGGAGAAAUAGGUUUGAAUUAUAACUUGACUGCUGAUGUGGCAAAGAAGGAAAAGAGCCAGCAACCCAGAGUUUACUUUGUGACUUCUGGAGAGACUGUGGGGCAGAUCACAGAGAAGUUACAACUGUCAUACAAGCAGGAAAAAUGCGAGCAUUACUUAGCCUAUGUCAAGAGAAGAGUCAAAGACGUCAUAUCUCCAAUUGUAUUUGAAGCUGCAUACAGCCUUGGGGAACAUGUGAUACAGAGAGGAAAAGAAGACAAGGAGCUACCUGCUCUCAAGCCCAUUCUCCGCUGGAAGAAAGGACAGAAAAUAGCACAGAGAAAUCAGACUGUUUUUGAGAGGAACUGUCAAUCCGAUGACUGUGCUGCUGAUUUGAAACUUCAGGGUAAAUUAUUGCUGUCUAGUGUUGAUGACAGAACUGCCUACCUGGCCCUGGGAGCAGUGAGGAACAUCUCGCUUAACAUUUCCAUCUCUAACAUUGGGGAUGAUGCUUACGACACCAAUGUUUUCUUCAACUUUUCUGGGGAGCUCUUCUUCAUCAAAAUGUGGCAAAAGGAGGAGCUGGGCAUUGCCUGUGAGUUGCUGGAGUCAGACUUCCUCAAGUGCAGCGUGGGAUUUCCUUUCAUGAGAUCGAAAUCUAGGUACGAGUUCAGUGUGAUCUUUGACACAAGCCACUUGUCAGGACAGGAAGAAAUGCUUACCUUCCUUGUCACUGCCCAAAGUGGAAACCUAGAACGCACUGAAUCUCUGCAUGAUAAUACUCUAACCUUGUCAGUGCCCCUGAUGCAUGAAGUGGACUCAUCUAUCAAUGGAGAAGUCUUCCCUACUUCAUUUUUCUAUGGUGAUUCUGUGGAAACAUCCAACUUCAUUCAGUUGGAAAACCAUGAGUGCCUUUUCCAGUCUCUCAACUUCACACUCCAGGUUUACAAUGCUGGACCAAGCACUCUCCCUGGAGCUUUUCUUGACAUCUCAUUUCCAAACCGCCUCUCUGCCACUGGAGCUGAAAUAUUUCAUGUUCAACAGAUGAUGGUUGGUCAGGAGAAAGGAAGCUGUUCUUUUCACAGAAACCUCAGCCCAUGCAUUGUUCCUCAAGAAAAUGAAAAUAUUUUUCACACAAUAUUUGCCUUUUUCACAAAAUCUGGCAGAAAAGUAUUGGACUGUGAAAGACCAGGCAGAUCCUGCUUAAUUAUACGUUGCAACUUAAGCUCACUAGCCAAAGCAGAGUCAUGUGAUAUAAGUAUCUACACGCUGCUGAAUACUGAGAUACUGAAGAAGGACAGUUCAUCAGUCAUCCAGUUUGUCACAAGGGCGAGGGUGCGGGUGGACCCUGACCUCAGAGUUGUGGAAAUGCCCAAUGGGAGCCCAGAAGAAAAACCAGUGGUCUUUGAGGCUUUGCACAAUCUGGAGCCUCGUGGGUAUGUUGUCGGAUGGAUCAUUGCCAUCAGUUUGCUAGUGGGAAUUCUCAUCUUCCUGUUGCUGGCUGUGCUCUUAUGGAAGAUGGGCUUCUUCCGCCGGAGGUACAAAGAAAUCAUUGAGGCCGAAAAGAGCAGAAAGGAGAAUGAAGAUAGUUGGGACUGGGUCCAGAAAAAUCAGUGAACUGCCCACAAAAACUAAAGCCCAGUCAUGUGACACGUGCUUGCUAGCCUAUAGGUCCUGCUCUCGUAUCUUCCAUAUGUGGAAGAAGGAAUCUUCUCCAGAUUUUUCGGAGACCCCAUUGAUGCUGUGUCUUUAUCACUCCACCAAGCUAGGGAACAUAUCCUGAGGCAACCACUGCAGCCAUGUCAGGUGACUGGAGCGAUUUACACUUCAUUUAAGAGCUGAACUUCGAACUUUAGUAACCAAGCUGCAGUGCAGAGCAAUAUUUAUGAAUCCAACUAUGUGGUAUACCCUCAGGGGAAGACUGUUACCUAAAAAUAUUUUUUAUAAAUAUAGGCUUUUUAUAUUGAUUAUGUCUUUAUAUUUGUAUCAAUGUUUUAUAGUUUCUAUUGAAUAGCUAUAUAGUUCACUCAAGCACUGAUAUCUGGCUACAUCCUUGGAAACACGUAUAUGUAUAUAUAAAUCCUAUUGUACUUUUAAACUUCAAUGCAAGAGAGAAAAGAGAGAUUUGCAGAUAAAAGUAGCUGAAAUCCUCAUAUGCUUAAUUCACAAGGCUUGGUAAUGUUGUAUAUAGACCAUUUAAUGGCAGUAAGCCAAAGUCUUUUCACUAUUUCUUUUUUUGAAUUGAAUUUGGUGUUUGAUUUAUAAACUAAAGAACCUAAAGCAUUACACAAAUGUGAUGUUUUGUAUCUCAGACUGCUCUUUAUGGGCCUCAAUGGGAGAGGAUGAAAAGGCUUCCUCAGUGACAAGUAGCAAGACUUGUAGCUUCCUUUACUCACUGAAGGAUGCAUCACAGAAUGCUUUCCUUUGGAAAGUUUUCUCUCUGCCAGUCUCUUAGUACUUUGAUAAUGUACUGACUGAAGACUGAACAACUAACAACAAUGGAAGACUGAACAACUGAGAUACCAGAAGAAUAUAAUUGGGCCAACCACUAUGACAUUGACAAUGUCAUUGGAAUUAAAAAAAAAAAAAAAGAACUGUAUUAGUAUUAAUGUUAAGAAGGAUAAUUUUUAAACUACUGUUAAUUAUUGUGAUCUGUUGCUAUCAAAGCAAGUGAUAAAUUGCUACAAGCUAUGAAUAUUGUGCCUGCCUUGUGAGUUUUAUACACAAGUCAUGAGUUUGUUUAUAUGAUAAUUUCAAGAGAGAUAAGUAGAUGCAAGUAUUUAAAUGUAUGGAUCUUGAGAUUCCCUGUCUGGGUGUUUCAAGUACUGAAUGUCAUCCUUCCUCAAGCAUUAAGAAAGAAGUUUAGUCAAGAUGCAGACAUUACUGGAUCUCAGAUUGCCACUUUGGUCACUGGUAAUUCCUUAAAAAAUAAUUUGUUGAAUUAGAAGAAACUUAAUUGUAAUUAAUUCAGCCAAUUUUCAUCGAAAACCUCUUGGAUUUCCAUAUAGGAAUAGUGGAACUCUUUUAAGACUUGGGUUUAGAUUCUACUUGUACUUUGCACCUUGUGUAAAUAAGAAGUUAGUGUUGUGUUGGUAUAAAAUCCAUGUAAGGGAAAGAAGGGUCGAGCUCUGUGGUAGAAGGUGAAGGAGAAACAGGAAUGAACAGUUGCAGAAUGUCUCCUUCCAUAAGGGUAAGAUAAAAGAACUGCUGGAAGUUUGGAAACUUGAAUGCAGAGACGAUGCAAGAAAUCUGCCUGAGAACAGGUCUUAUUCUUGCUCUUCCUUGCCAAAUUCAUUACAGCUUCAAAUUUAAAAAAAUUAACCACAUCCAUAUUCCUGUUUGCUUUUUUCCCCCCACUGACAUCAAGUGUUUGCUCUUACUACAGUAUUGAUCAAUAUUUAUUAACUUAACUAUCUGCACCCAUUAAGCAGAAGAUGGUUUUUAAGUGAAUGAAGUGUAUUGAUUCAACGUUUGGCAAGAAAAGCUAUUAGCCUCAUAAGUUAUCUUUCUUAAAACAGUCAUUGGUGAUUUGACAAAUUUCAUAUAACAAAUGAUCACUUAAGCCAGAAUCUGGAAAAAAAUCUGCUGAGGGGAAAUCCUGUUAUGACCACAUGUAGUGGACUGCAGUUUUUGCAAGCAAAACCAAAAGACUAGUGGCCUUCAGCCACACUGUUGUAUUAGAAGCUAUUGAAUUCCUCACAGGAUGGCAUUUCUGACAUCAGUUAGUUUUGCUAGUAUUUGAACCUCAUGUAUCUGUAUUUUCUGUUGUUCAAAAAUACUUCAGACUGACAGAAGUUGGACAUGAGAGUGAUUCACAGCUAAGAUCUGAAUAAGAAAUUGCUUAAAAUGUUUGCCGAGAAAAGAAGUUCACUUACUUAGCUGUAAGAAUUUUCAAUAUCUGCCUUCUCGAAAAUUGAGCCUCCCCCCCCUAAAUUAUUAAAAAGUAGAUUUGCUGAAAAAAUAAUUCUGGGGACAAGUGAAACUAUUUGUGUAUGUAAACAAAUUUGAAAGUUUAAACAAAAAUUUACUUUCCAAUCUGCCAAAAAUACUUCAUUACAAUAUUUUGAAGAUUAAGAUUAGUUACUCCUUUGCAACAUUUUUAAAGUAUAUGAAGAACAGAGUUUAAAAAGGUAAAAUGCCCAUUAGGUGUUUCAUAUUGUGUUGGAAAAUUUUUAGGUUUUGGCUUAAGGCAAUAUUUUUAUUUGGCUAAAGUAACUAGCAAACAAAAGUAGAUCACAUUUAAUUGAGCCCACACUGGACUUUUUUUAUUUCUGCCUUGAAUUGUGUACUAUUGAUCCAGCACAAGUUGUCACUCAGUGAAAAACUAAUUGUUGGCCAGAUUAGUGAUAUAUUCUUCAAAUAAUCCAUGAAUUCUUAGUAUGAUCACUGUUAGGUACUCAGUUAUUCUGUUGUCACAGUCUCAUUUGUUUUUAUAUAUAUACUCUUCAGAAUUUUUUGGUUGUUUCUUUUUUUCAUAUUCCAUUGUGGCUCUUACUGGGUUGUAGUUAGAGUAAACAAAUUUGACAGUGAAACAUACCAGUACUUAGUAUUAAAAUCACCUUUCCAACUCCUUAAUCAGCAACCUAACAAGACAAACCAAAAAACCCUGUAAUAUCAGUGGGUUGCAAUGAGUUUCUAACCCAAAGAUCUUAUUAAAACAUAACAUACUUCAAGAAGGUAUAGAAAAUAGCUGUGCUAUAGAUCUGCUGGGUUUUCGUUGAAAUUAAGAAAUCAUGAUAAAUGCAAUUGUAUAAAAAUGGAGAGACGUAGUUACUUUGGAAAUUGCUUCUAGGGCUCUGGAAGUUCCCAUCUGUCAGCUGCUUGUUAGUUCCUUUGUGCUGUACUGCUUGCACAGCAGAGCUGAGGAAUUCAUUGUACUGUGGUUCUCUCCAGUCAAUCAGUUUCAGGACAAAGUCAUUGAUUGUCUCAGACAACUUCACUGAAAGGUUUGCUGAAUUGGCAUUGCAUUUUAUUUUAUUUUUUUGUUCAGCAGGGUCACUUUGCACUGGCUCUAAGCUAUGCAGGUGGAAGUUUAGAAGGUGGGGCAGUAACGUUUUCAUACACAUCAUCUGGUACCUGAGAGAUCCUUUGUUUAAGCCCAGAAGCUGGCAAUGUGCAAGGUGUCUUCUUACAGAUAUACCCUUGACAUUUUAGGGGACCUAGGUUUCUUCCUACCUAUUAGGGUAGGAAAGAAACAAUCUUAGAAAAAUACAACCAGGAAGAAAGGGGUAAAAAAAUUAAGGA